AUGGGUAACUCAACGUCCGGCGGUGGCGAUUCAUCAUCUCUCCUUAUGCCUGGGGUUAAAUCAGAUGAUCGAUCUAGAGAGAGGAAACCCCGCAGAAUCAGAUGUCCUGCUAUCGAUAAAACACCAGAUGAACUUGAGGCAUCCUUCAUACAACUAUACGCUGCUUACAGCGAAGCAGCAGCUCAUAAUAAGGAGGAGGGUGAAUUCGCUGAUUGUGAAAAGAAACUUAUUGAGGUAAUCAGAGGUUUUAGAAAUCUCAAAAUUGUUUAUAGUAAUGUUCGUCAAUUUUUUCCUCAGGUUUUAGAUCUUAAGAAGGCUGUUCCAUUGAUGAUUAAUUUAUUGAAAUAUGAUAAAUGCGGGAAGCGUUUAGCUAGUUGUAUUCUUAUUACUUUCGAAGAGCUAACUCAUGUGGCAUUUCAAGUUCCUAGUCAAGAGAUACAAGUUGGCAAAUUGGUUAAAUCUCUAUUUGAAAUGCAAGCCUUGGAAGUAUUUGCUUCUACUCUUGGUAAAUUUUCUGAAGACGAUGAUUUACGAGCAGUACAAACUAUUGCGCAGAUGAUUUUUCAAGGAAGAGCAGUUGUAGCAAAAACCGCGGGCAGUUCCAGGAAACUGAUUAUUUGGGUAUCAGCAGCAAUAAGAGGUACCAAAUGGGAUGCAAAAAUGUGUGCUGUGGGUUUUUUAAUGACUCUUUUGAUGAAUUAUACGGAAAAUGGACUUAUAUUGGGAAGGGACACCCUACCUGCUGUUGUAGAUGCUCUUUCAUCUCUUAUUAUGAGUCCUGAAGAAGAAAAAACAGAAAAACAAAAAAGAAAAGAAGAAGAAGACCUGCCUUGGACUUUGUUUGGUUGUUUAUUUUUUCUAUUAGAAUAUCCGGACAACAAAGUGCAUUUUGUUAAUGCUGGAGGAAUCGAGGCAAUGAUUAAACUUUUACAGGAGGGGCAGAAAUUGGGUGAUUAUAUUUAUGGAUCUGCGAUUGUGGCACUUGAUAUAGUGAAAGAUUGUCUCGCUGCUUCUGACAAGUUUGAGAAUGAUGAUUUGGGACUGGGCAUUGCAAUAUUCCCUGCUUCCAUGGAUAUGAUUCUGCCGAGCACUAUGCAUUUUAAAGAAGAAAUUGAAGAACGUCUUAUAUCUCUAAUCGAAUCAUUAACUGGUGGCAAGACGGAAAAUUAUACAUUGUUAGCAAAGUUUGGGGAGAAUGAUUGUGAAAGAAUCACUUGGCUUAUGAAGCUCUUCACACGGUAA